GUAAAUCCCAGUGGUCGCACUCCGCGGUAUUUUUCGGUAUAUUUCAUUGUUAGUCAGACGAUAUAUUUUAUCGAUAAGACUAAUUCACGCGCGCGUGUGUGGGAGGAAAAACAAAACAAAACAAAAGCAGAAUGCCGCCGAAAUCGAGUAGCAAGAAAAACCAGGCCAGUUGGUACCACUGCGAGACCUGUGGAGUACACAUUACGUCCAAGGCACGCGACAAUCACGAUGGCAGCUGUCCCAUAUCCGGUGAAAGUAAUAUUGAUGCGGACUCCGACGAGGAGUAUGUGCGGAAUGGAUCUCUAUACACGAGGAGCCUGCAGCAGCGCAAUUUUGAAGUAGAAUCCUUGAAGGAUUUGCCUGCCAAGUAUGCAAACAUGCUGGUGUUCGUAUCGGAGGGUGCCAUGCGGCUCUCCCAGCUACACAUUGGCCAACACGUGGUUAUUGAAUCAACAGCACAAGAGCCGCUGGUGCGGAUAGUGUGGCCCGUAUCGGAGCAGUUCCUCACCACGGUUUUUGUGGCAGAAAGCGAUUACAAAUCGAAUUGGACGAAUAUGCGUGGCAAGCUGCUGAAGAUCAGUGCAUUGGACACCAAAUGUCUAACAGCCGCGGGCAGCAUCUCCCUGAGGCAGAUUAGUGAAACGCGUCUGAAGUCUGCACAGCUUAAGGAUGCCACCGCCUUGCUCCAGCGGGCCAUGGUCAACCAAAUCUACUGCCAGGGAACUAAAAUUCAUUUCAAUUUCUUCAACAAGUCGCUGACAUUUCGCCUGGAGAGUUGGCAGGGGGCAGUGGAGGACGCACUGGCUAGUCUCAGCCUGGAGGCCAAGCCACGGCAAUUCGUUCAGGUGACCAAUGUUACCAGAUUGCAAUUGAUACCCCAGGAGGAAGAGCAGCAACUGGAGGAACAGACUAGACCCCUUCGCAUUACAAAAUGUCAAAUUGGAGGACUGGAUAAGCAAUUGCAGCUAGUGGAGGAGAGCAUGGAGUAUGCUCUGGGCCUUCGGACAUUGCCUGCCGGUCUAAAGGUGUCUCGAGGCAUGCUUCUGUAUGGCGCCACUGGCUGCGGCAAGUCCAUGGUCUUGGAGGCCAUGAGUGCCGUGGCUGAUGAUCGCAGCCACAGGAACGUUCAAAUCAUUCGUAUCAAUAGCGGCGAGGUGUACAGCAAAUUCCUUGGUGAAACAGAACAAAAUCUAGCAGCAAUCUUCGAGCGGGCCUACGCCCAUUAUCCGCAACCGACGCUGCUGCUUAUCGAGGAUGUGCAUAACCUGUGUCCCAAGCAGGAGAGCAAUGAUAUGGUCAAGCGUGUCUCCCUGGCGUUUCUCGGGCUACUCGACCAACUGAGCAGUCCCAGACAGCUGCGGGGCAGUCGAACCUUCCUGCUGGCCACCAGUUCGCAAAUUGAUGCCCUACAUCCGAGUAUACGGAGAGCCGGACGCCUGGACAGUGAACUGGAGUUGGGUGUACCCAGUCCGCAGGCACGUCAGGCCAUCAUCGAAUGUCUGAUUCAAUCGGUGGAGCACCAACUGAGUAGCGAAGAUGUGGGACAGAUUGCCACCAUUAGCCAUGGCUAUGUGGGUGCCGAUCUGGCGAAUCUGGUAUAUACAGCAAUACUCCAGGCCCAGCCACAACCUCUUCAGCUCAGGCACUUGCAAGAAGCUCUUAUCAGCGUCAAGCCAUCGGCCAUGCGCGAAGUUCUCAUCGAGUGUCCCAAUGUCCAGUGGUCGGACAUUGGCGGCCAGUCCGAGCUCCGUCUGGCCAUGCAACAGGCUAUCGAAUGGCCACUGCUUCAUGCGGAGAAGUUCCAGCGACUUGGCAUUAAGCCACCGCGUGGCAUUCUCAUGUUUGGUCCGCCCGGCUGCUCCAAGACGAUGAUUGCCAAGGCCCUGGCCACCGAAAGCAAGCUGAACUUCCUUUCGAUAAAGGGACCGGAGCUCUUCUCUAUGUGGGUGGGUGAGUCGGAGCGGGCGGUGCGCGAGGUGUUCCGCAAGGCUCGCCAAGUGGCACCCUCGAUUGUCUUCUUCGAUGAGAUCGAUGCCAUUGGCGGCGAAAGAGCAGAAGGCGAGGGCUCUGGCUCCGGCUCGGGUUCGUCCGUCAAAGAGCGUGUACUCACCCAACUCCUCACCGAACUGGACGGCGUAGAGGCGUUGCAGAAUGUGACCAUUGUGGCGGCCACCAAUCGGCCUGAUCUGAUAGACAAAGCUCUUCUUCGUCCCGGACGCAUCGAUCGCAUUCUCUACGUGGGACUUCCAAAAGCCGAUGCUCGAAGUGAAAUCUUACGCAUAAAACUGCGCCCGAUGCCGCUGGCCAAGGAUGUGGAGGUGGACAAGCUGGUAGAGCUGACAGACGGCUAUUCGGGGGCCGAAAUUCAGGCCGUCUGCCAUGAGGCAGCUAUGCGUGCCCUCGAGCAAAGCUUCGACGCGGAGCAGGUGGAUUGGUCGCACUUUGAGCAUGCCCUGGCGGCAGUACAGCCGCGUACCAGUCCAGAACUUUUAAAACUCUACGAGGACUACUUGAAAAGGAAGUGAUCUGAGAGUAAAGUUCUGCCCUUUUAACAGUACCCUCGAAGUACGCUCAAAGAGUGCCUCUCAAAGAGUAAUAAAAAUCAUUUGAUAUACGAAAUUAUAUUUACUAUAUACGAUUGUAAUCUCCGACAUGAGAUACGAAAUUUAAGGUCCACAGAUUAGGCUAAAUAGAUAAGAUUGUAUUAGACUUGGACUGCAUUAAAAAACCCUCAGUUUGGGUUUUACUAAAUCAAAGAUCGACACUUGAUUUGGAAAUACUCACCA